CACCGACAGAGAACACAGAGAAACCAAGUGUUGAUACUCCAACAGCAAAUACCCCAACAGAAAACACAGUAAAACGAAGUGUUGAUACUCCAACAGCAAAAACACAAACAGAGAACACAGUGAAACCAAGUGUUGAUACUGAAAUAUCAAAUGCACCAACAGAGAACACAGUAAAACACAUUGUUGAUACUCCAACAUCUGAUACACCAAAAGAAAACAAAGUGACGCCAAGCGUUGAGACUCUACCAUCUUAUGCACCAGAGAAUAGCACAGUAAAAACAAGUGUUGAUGCUCAAAUAGCAAAUGCAAUUUACUCAUCCAACUCUGCAGUUGAUUGUACAGAAGACCAUAUCAGAGAAAAAAACCAUACAUCCAACUGUGCAGUUGAUAGUACAAAAGAUCAUAUCAGAGAAGGAAACCACUCAUCCAACUGUAAAGAUGAUUGUACAGAAGACCAUAUCAGAGAAGGAAACCAUUCAUCCAACUGUAAAGUUGAUUCUACAGAAGACCAAAUCAGAGAAGGAAACCAUUCAUCCAACUGUGCAGUUGAUUGUACAGAAGACCAUAUCAGACAAGGAAACCAUACAUCCAAAAGUGCAGUUGAUUGUAAAGAAGACCAUAUCAGAGAAGGAAACCAUUCAUCCAACUG